GUGUUGCAUCACCGGCCCAAACAGCAGCAGCAUGGCGGAGCAGCGAGCAGCCCCGAACCCCGGGGACCCGGACCGGUACCAGGACCAUGUGGACCCCGGGGACCCGGACCACGACCAGAGGCUGCUCUUCUCUCACGACCUGGUGUCGCGGCGGUACCGCGGGGCGGUCCGGUUCGGCCUGGUGCGGCUGAUCCACGGGGAGGAGGAGUUCCAGUCCGACUCGGAGGAGGACGGAGGAGGAGGAGAUGGUACCGGGACCGGUACCGGGGGACCAGCGGGACCGGGGGGCCAGGCCCAGCCCGGCUCCGACACCGACACCGACUCCCCGUCCAGAACCAGGCCGCUGGGCCGCGGCGUGGUCCGGGUCCAGUGGUACCCGGAGGGAGGCAAGCAGGACGUGCGGGAGACCAAGCUGAAGCUUGAGGACCGGUCCAUCGUCAUCAGAGACAUCGUGCGGAGGAACAACUCCAACGACAACCAGUGCGGGAUCGUGACCAACAUUGACAUCGAGUGUGCGGUGAAGUUGGUGGGAACCAACUGUGUUCUGUACCCGGUCAACAGCCGGGACCUGCAGCACAUCUGGUCCUUCAUGUACGGCGACUACAUCGCCUACGACUUCUGGCUGGGGAAAGUGUACGACCUGACCAACCACAUCAUCCUCAAGCUGUCCAACGGAGCCAGGUGUUCCAUGAGCGUGGAGGACGGGGCUAAGCUGUACGACAUCUGCCCUCACGUCAGCGACUCGGGCUUGUUCUUCGACGAGACGUACGGGUUCUACCCGGGCCAGGUCCUGAUCGGCCCGGCCAAGGUCUUCACCAACGUGACGUGGCUGUCGGGGGUCAAACCGGUGCUGGGGAGGAAGUGCAAGUUCAGGGUGGUGGUGGAGGAGGUGAAGGUGGUGGAGCUGAAGGUCACCUGGAUCACCAAGAGCUACUCGCCCAAGGGGUCGGACAGCGUUUACCCGCCGGCCUCCACCAUCACGCAGGAGAACCUGUGCAGGGUGCGGCGGCUGGGCUACUACGACCACACCCAGCGACAGCUGGGCGAGCGUUCCCUCUACGUGUUUCCUGCCAAGGGCGACGCCACCAGGAUCACCUGUGAGGGACCGGAGGGCCCGGUUCUGCCGGAGGACCCGGUCGCCAGGAAGCUCAAGCGGAUGUUCAAGAAGGAUUCUGGGAAGAAGAUAGAAAACGCUGAUGCACAAGGCGACCACAAGCCGGAGCAGCCGGACCCGUCCCAGUCCAACAACAACGGGCCGGUCCAGAACUCUCUGGAGAACCAGAACCCCCAGAACCCCCAGAACCCCGACGAGGGGGCCGAGCUCGGGGAGCAGGACGCCGACGACGAGGCGGCCGAGGACACGGACGACACCAGCUCCCUGACGUCGUCGGCCAGCUCCACCGCCUCGUCCCAGAGCGGCGGCCUGGGAACAAACCGUAAGAAGAGCAUCCCGUUAUCCAUCCGCAACCUGAAGAGGAAGCACAAGAAGAAGAGGACCAAGUUCUCCCGCGAGUUCAAGCCCGGGGACCGGGUGGCGGUGGAAGUGGUGUCCACUAAGACCACGGCGGAUGUGAUGUGGAAGGACGGCCGGGUGGAGAAGGGGAUCCGGUCCAACGAGCUCAUCCCCAUCCAGCACCUGGACGGACACGAGUUCUGCCCCGGGGACUUCGUCGUGGACAAGAGACCCCAAGCCCUGCAGGACCCGGGCGUCUACGGCGUCAUCCAGUCGGGCGACCACAAGGGCCGGACCUGCGUGGUGAAGUGGAUCAAGCUGAACUCCAGCAGCGACGACGUGGAGGUCACGGGCGUGGAGGACGACGUCAGCGUGUACGACAUCGCCGACCACCCGGACUUCCACUUCAGAACCACCGACAUCGUCAUCAGGAUCUGGAACUCGGAGGUCGGAGAGAACGACUGCGAGAACGAGACGUCGGUGGGCCAGGUGUACCGGGUGGACGUGAGCAGCAAGGUGGAGGUGGUUUGGGCCGACAACUCCAAGACCGUCGUCCUGCCGCAGCAUCUCUACAACGUGGAGUCGGAGAUCGAGGAGACGGACUACGACUCUGUGGAGGAGACGAGCAGCGUCCUGUCCACGGAGGAGUGGGAGGACGAGAGCGACAGCUGGGAGACGGACAACGGCCUGACGACCGAGGACGACGGACACGUCAACAACUCUGACAUCAUCGACACGGCCACGCCCACCCCGACCCCCACGGGGGCCUCGGCCUUCAUCAUCCCGCCCUCGCCGGGGGACGCCAGGGACCGGGGGGACGGACGGGACGGAGUCCCCAGCCCCGCCAAGGGCCCCCCGGGGGAGGACGGAGACGUGGCCUCGCCGGCGUCUGGAGCACCGACCCCCGGGGCGGCGGUGAACGGGGCGGAGAAGCCCAGCAAGGACGGCUCGUCCCGGGGCUUCAGGGAGCUGAAGGAGGCCCUGAAGAUCCUGGAGAGCCUGAAGAACAUGACGGUGGAGCAGCUGUGGACGGGCGGCUCGCCCACCUCCCCCACCGCGGCCGAGCCGGCCUCGGCCAGCGUGGCCAGCCCGGCCCCGGCCGCCCCCGAGAAGCCCACCAAGGAGAAACGCUUCCUGGACGACAUCAAGAAGCUGCAGGAGAACCUGAGGAAGACGCUGGACAACGUGGCCAUCGUGGAGGAGGAGAAGAUGGAGGCGGUGGGGAGCGCCGGGGCCGAGGCGGAGCGACCCGGGGAGGAGAAGCCCCAGCAGGAGCCCGGGACCCCGGUGGGCGGGCAGGAAUGGCCCAGCGAGUUCCUCAGCGAGACGCCGGUGCUGUGUCAGCAGAGCGGAGGGAAACCCGGCGUGACCUUCACCAGCGCCAAGGGGGAGGUGUUCUCCGUGCUGGACUGGGCUCCGGACACUCACUCGUUCAAGAAGAUGGAGUUCCAGCCGGCCGAGGCCAAGAAGUUCUUCAGCACGGUGAGGAAGGAGAUGGCUCUGCUGGCGACGUCGCUGCCUGACGGCAUCAUGGUGAAGACGUUUGAGGACCGAAUGGACCUGUUCUCGGCUCUGAUCAAGGGCCCGACCCGGACGCCCUACGAGGACGGGCUGUUCCUGUUCGACAUCCAGCUGCCCAACAUCUACCCGGCGGUGCCGCCGCUGUUCCGCUACCUGACCCAGUGCAGCGGCCGGCUCAACCCCAACCUUUACGACAACGGCAAGGUCUGCGUCAGCCUGCUGGGCACCUGGAUCGGCAAGGGCACGGAGAGAUGGACCAGCAAGUCCAGUCUGCUGCAGGUUCUCAUCUCCAUCCAAGGCCUGAUCCUGGUGAACGAGCCGUACUACAACGAGGCGGGGUUCGACAGCGACCGCGGGCUGCAGGAGGGCUACGAGAACAGCCGCUGCUACAACGAGAUGGCUCUGAUCCGGAUGGUGCAGUCCAUGUCGACGCUGCUCACCAGCCCGGUGGACGUGUUCCGCCAGGAGAUCCGGGACCACUUCAGCUCCAGCGGCUGGCGCUUCCUGCACCGGCUGGAGGCCUGGCUGGAGCUGCACGAGGCCGCGGAGCGCGCCGCGGAGCGCCCAGGGGCCCCCAGGGGCCUCCGGGACCGGGCCCCGUCCGUGGAGCCGCUGGACGAGCAGGCGGAGGGGGCCGGGCCCAAGGCGGUGGCCCACAGCAGCCCCGACGGGGCGGCGGGGGCCACGGGCCCCCCGGGGCCGGCCCUGGCCGUGGGCAGCAUCAUGGAGGAGGAGGAGCUGGAGGACUCGGGGCUGGGGGCCUCGGGGCUGGGGGCCUCCACCACGGCCGUGCAGGAGCUGAGCCAGAGCUCGGACUGGGACAGCACGCAGGGCAGCGGCUCCCUGGGGGGCCCGGGGGGCCCGGCGGCCCGCCCCGGGGCCUCAGAGCCGGGCCCCGGGGCCGCCGCAGCGUCGGCCGGGGGCCAGCCCGUGGUGCGACCAAAGAAACGGAGGAAGAGCUACCGCAGCUUCCUGCCCGAGGGCAGCGGCUACCCCGACAUCGGCUUCCCGCUCUUCCCGCUGUCCAAGGGCUUCGUGAAGAGCGUGCGCGGCGUGCUAGCGCAGUACCGCGCCGCGCUAGUCGCCGCCGGCGUCCCCCAGCACUCCGAGGACAAUGACACGUCAGACGAGUGUGAUGGAUAAAAGGGGGCGGGGCUCAGACUCGCUCCCGCCCCGCUUUAACCAACGACCUGCUGGAGCCGCAACCGAGUUGAAACGUCAUCUCUCCAUGAAAGCAGGUGAAAAACACGAAGGAUACGACGAGCCGGAGCUUCUGCCGGAGCUGCUGCCGCGACGGAGCGGAGAACGACUGAAGGAAAGAGAGAAACCUGUGCCAUGAAACCCCCAUCCCCCCCGACCGACGCCCAGCGGCUCCGCUGGGCGACCACUGCCCCCCCCGCGGACCAAACUCUAACCCCCGCCCCCCAAACCCCCGCCCCCCCACCUUCCCCCCCGCGGACCAAACUCUAACCCCCGCCCCCGUACGCCCCCCCACCUUCCCCCCCGCGGACUCUUGUAGCACCGACCCACGUCUCCAUCCCGCGCUAGAACCCAGCGAGUGAACCAACAACCGGGCCGGACGCUUCCUGCCAACGCUAGCCGACCACGUUUACACGCGACCACCUGCCGGGGGCGGAGCCUCAGCGCUGGGGGCGGAGCCUCCACGCCCCCUCCCCCUCCACCUUCUAAGGAAUUCAACAAAAGCUGGAACUUUGUGCUUUUGAUUUUUGAGGCAUUUGAGUUUGUUUUUUUUCUUUCAGAGGUUGAAAUGUUUUGAGUGUUGAGAGUUUUACCCACAAUGCAAAGCUACAUCGCUGCACACGAUGUUAUUUAGCGAUUGAAACCAUUCCUGCAUCCAUUCCAUCGUCCCCCGUCGACGUGUUGCCUUACUUGAAUCGUUUGUGCACGGCUGCUUGUGUCACGCUUUACUCGUGCACCGACAACGACCACUUCAACAAAAAAAAGAGGAAAAAAACGGUCUUUCCCCGUCUCUCCUCCCGUCUCUCCCGCUCUGUUUUGUGUUUUAUUUGGGGGGGUUUCGGUCUCCUGGUUGCAGUUUUCCGUAAAGAAUCUCCGGAUUUUCAGUUUAGUUCGGCCGAACGAGCGACUGGACGAGAACAGACGGCAGAUUUUCUUCUUCUUCUUCUUCAUCACUAAACAUUCAUGAAUCAGGGUUUCGGGGUCCACUCGGUCUUCCUGUGGAACCAUCAGUCUUGUUUACAUCCCCCCCCCAACGAGCGCUAACCGCCGUCUCAGCCGCGUUUUACUUGAACAGAUUCUCCGACGCUGAGAUGAUUUUCCUGGCAAAAGCUCGGAAAGACUCGAAGAUUUUCAGAAAGGAGGUUUUUUGUUUUUUUUGUUUUGUUUUUGCUUCGUCUUCCACAUUCGGAUCCGUGCCGGACUUUACUUUCUGCCUUCAGCUGCAGCCGCGGCGCUACGGCUACAGCCUUCUUUUUUUAAGUAUUAUUUUUUUAUUUUUUGUUUUUUUUUUUGCUCUUUGCUUGCGUCAUCGCUGCUCGUUUCUCGGAGGAACUCGUUUUCCGCCUCUCCGCUUCGGCUCUUGAGACCGAAUCGCGCCGAAGCGCAAAGGUUGGUCCUCUGCCAGAAACUAGACCCGCUGCUUCAGCCCUUCUCCUUCCUCCAUGAACAGAAUAAUGUGAAGCUUGAGUUAAAGUCUGGCAGGAUUUCAACCCCAACGAUGUACAAUUUUCCGUGUAUAUUCUUCAGAUUCCAACCAUUGUUAACGAUUAUUACUGCAAGACGUUUGUUUUUCAGCCAAAGCAUGUAACAUGUUGCUUUAAGCCUCUCGGCUGCACACAAAGACUUGACUGUACGAUGUCUACAUUUCCACAGUGGCCUGUUAUUGAUAUGAUAUUUAAAAAGAAUUAAUAAAGUUUCAGUUUGUA